CUUAAUAAAGCUCCUCUGUUCCUCAAAGGCGGCCGUUUCUUGAAUCUUUAUUUUUUUAAAUUGCCCACCCCACCGGGUCACUCUCUGAUCGAUCUACAAUUCCCAGCUUGCUGGGGACAACAAUGGCAGACUCGGCUUGUCUUAUUCAAGCUUUCUCAUACGCUUCUGCGACGCCCAAUGAAGCCAAACAGGGGAACGCCAUUCACGCGCUGGGAGAAUCCAUAUCUUUCGGCCGGUUCAUGUCGGAGUCUCUGGCUUGGGAGAAAUGGUCCGCCUUCGCCCACAACAACAGCGGCAGCAACAAGUAUGUAGAGGAGGCCGAGAGCUAUGCCCGACCCGGUUCCGUCGCCCAGAAGAAGGCUUUCUUCGAGGCCCAUUACAAGAGAAUCGCUGCCAAGAAAGCAGCAGCCGCCGCGUUGGCCCUUGAACAAGCCAAUGCCUGUGCGGCAGCCGGUGGCGACGAGGAAGAAAGAAGCACUCAAGCCGACAGUGAUGUCCGGGCCGGAGACGAGGCCCAAGAAACAGCUUCUUGUUCAGAAGAGGUCAGCGAAACGCCCCAAAUGGAGAGACCCUUGUUAAAGAGCUGUUCGAAGAAAAAAGAAGUAGAGGAAGAAGAAGAAGUUUCAUCAGCUCCUGUCAUCACUAAGAAAAGACCAGCCCCUUCUACUCUGAAGAUGCAGAUUCAUGGCAACGCUCGGAAUAAAGUUCCACCGCCUCCUCCUCCGCUCACGGCAGCAGUGCGGCCCACCACCAUACAAACUCCUCCAAACAAGAAAGAAAACAUCACAGCCGCCACCCCAAAAAGGAUACCUCCAGCAGUGGUAAAAAGUUGCAGUUCAUCACUCUCCCUCAAUGCUGCCAAACCCAAUCCACCUUCGAAACCUCUCAGCUCCCUGCUGAAUCUAACUCCGCCGCCAGCCAAAGAACCCCCGCCGCCUCCUCCAACAAACAAGGACAUCAUCCCUCGGUGUGCUCCCAAGAAAUGCUCAACACCUAUUCUCGGGAUGAUGACUCCAAUGCAGCAGGAAAAGCCAGUUAAUCCCGCAUCAGCUUCAAGAAGUUCUAAAACAUCUGCCCCCAAGUGGCACCUUCUAACUUCAGUUUGCGCCAAGUCAUUGACGGCCUGCCGGAAUAAACUGCGCUCCCCUUAUACUAAUACUAGUCUAACACCCACCCCUUUCCGCCUAAGAACAGAAGAAAGAGCCACUGCAAGAAGGAAACAAAAACUGGAAGAGAAAUUCAAUGCCAACAAGGUGGAGGAGGUGGAGGUACAGAAGGUGCAGCUGCAAACCAAAAUGAAGGAGAAAGCAGGGACGGAGCUAAGGAGGAAACUGGGUCAAAGCUUGUGUUUCAAAGCCCGCCCUCUCCCUCACUUUUAUCAUCACAAGGAUGAUACAACAAGAAGAGGAGAAGAAGUUCCACCACCACCACAACCACCUGCUGCAAAGCGUCAACAAUCCCCUAAGAAACCGGGAGCGACACUGCAGCCUCCUUCUGCUCAACCCCUUGCAAGAAAGAGUCGACCUAAAGGCCCCCAUCAUGCAAGGAAAGUCAGGAGUUCACAAGAAUCGUGAUACCUCCUCAGAGCGCUGCCUUUAAGAGAAAAAAAAAAAAACUAAGAACACAAGAACUAUGCUGAUGAAUGUAGUGUAGAAAAUGCUAACUUGUUGCGCCCGGAUUAAUUGUUGCUUGACAAUUGCCAUCCAUCCAGGGUUAUUACAAAUUUAGAAUCAAGGAGACAUGUAUAA